GCUCUGAAGUCUUAAAACGCAGCUACAUUCAGUGGAAUAAAUCAGACAGUAGUUGUACGCAAAAUGGCAGACAUAGUAGAAAACAGUACAGACCAGACCCACAGCCACCAAGCUGCAAAACAAGCCCAGGAUGUUGAACAACUGACGGGGACCGUGUCCGAUGGGAAGGUGACAUUUGACGACAGCGGGCUCUCUGCUGUCCUACACAGUGGCUUGGAGAAUCUGAGGCUGGAGAGGUCCCUGACAGAUGUUGUGCUGUGUGUGGACAGCAGGGAGUUCUCCUGUCACAGGGUGGUCUUGGCUGCAGCGAGCAGUUACUUCAGGGCAAUGUUUUGUAAUGAUCUCAAAGAAAAACAUGAAGACAAGAUAGUGAUUAAAGGGGUCGAUGCCAGUACCAUGGAGACAUUAUUGGAUUAUACCUACACCAGCAAAGUCCACAUCACCAAACAGAAUGUCCAGAGAAUUUUGGAGGCUGCCAGUCUAUUUCAGUUCCUGCGGAUGGUGGAUGCCUGUGUCAACUUCCUCAGUGAGGCUCUGCACCCAGACAACUGUGUGGGCAUCCUUAGGCUGGCUGACACUCACUCCCUGGACAGACUAAGGAAAUGCGUGCAGAACUAUAUUGUGCAGAACUUCCCCCAAGUGUUGACUCAUGAGGAAUUUCUGGAGCUACCUGCAGAGAUCCUGUCAGAAAUUCUUGGAAGUGAUGAGCUCUGUGUCACAGAGGAGGAACAAGUGUUUGAGACAGUGAUGCGUUGGGUGCGUUACCGAGAGUCUGAGAGGCAGCACCAGCUGUGCCAGGUGCUGAGGCAAGUCCGCCUACCCCUCCUGGACCCUUGGUACUUUGUGGAGUGGGUAGAAGGUGACGAACUUAUUUGGAAAAGCCCUGAUGUAUUCCAUCUGUUGCAAGAAGCCAGGAUGUACCACCUAUCGGGCAAUGAGAUUAUUUCGGAGAGGACAAAGCCCAGGAUGCAGGAGUUCCAGUCAGAGGUCUUCAUGAUAAUAGGUGGCUGUACGAAGGAUGAAAAGUUUGUGGCAGAGGUAACCUGCUUGGACCCACUCCGGCGAAGUCGCCUGGAGGUGGCCAAGCUGCCGAUCACAGAGCAGGAGAUGGAGAGCGAGAACAAGAAAUGGGUGGAAUUUGCGUGCAUCACUUUCCGUAACGAGGUGUACAUCUCAGGUGGUAAAGAAACUCAACACGAGGUGUGGAAGUACAAUGCCUCCUUAAAUAAAUGGAUUCAAGUUGAAUAUUUAAACACUGGACGGUGGCGGCACAAGAUGGCGGUUCUGAACGGCAAGGUAUAUGCGGUUGGAGGUUUUGAUGGUGUCACACGGCUCAACAGUGUGGAAGCAUAUGACCCAUUUCACAACUGCUGGACUGAGGGAGUUCCACUCCUCGUAAAUGUGAGCUCGUUUGCUGCCACAACCUAUAGUAAGAAGCUAUAUAUUAUUGGAGGAGGACCCAAUGGGAAACUGGCUACAGACAGGACCCAGUGCUAUGAUCCUGCAACAAAUAUGUGGAGCCUGAAAUCACCUAUGCCCAUAGAAGCCAAGUGCAUCAAUGCUGUUACAUUCAAGGAUCAUAUUUAUGUUGUGGGUGGCGCAAUGAAGGCCCUUUACUGCUACAGCCCAGCAGAGGACUCAUGGGCUCUCAUCACACAGUUUGGCCAUGAGCGCGCCAGCUGUGGGAUCGCAGCUUGCAAUAACAAGCUUUUCAUCACUGGCGGCCGUGAUGAGAAGAACGAGGUCAUUGCCACCGUGCUUUGCUGGGACACAAAGAAGCAAAAGCUGACAGAGGAGUGUGUCUUGCCCCGCGGAGUUUCGCAUCAUGGUAGCGUCACCAUCAGGAAGUCCUACACACACAUCCGGCGCAUCGUCCCAGGAGCAGUCUCUGUAUGACACACAGUUGAAGCACAGGCAACUUGCUCACCUCCAGAGGGGCUGCCUGGGGCUUUUGAAGAGACUUCAUCUGGACAGUCAGAGGCAAUUAACAAACCAUGGCUCCUGUCACCUGGAUUCUGUCUCUCUGGAAGGCAUCAAAGAACUGGCUGCACACUCAAUACAACUGAGCCUUCUGGGACAAACACUGCAUUGUCAAAAGAGUUGGAAACCUGAAUCUAAUCCAAAAAGGAUGCCUUGCAUUAUUUUUUAGUGUAUAAAGGAACUGGAAACUACACAUCAAACAUUGAGGAUGUAUAAUUGAAGAACUCUGGGGUGUAAAAGAAGGACAUUGAGAAUAGGGGGAUAUAGGGGGUAAAUGCCAAGAGCAGAGAGAGACUACAUACUUGGCAAGAGGGCUAGAAAUAUGAAGGCAGGCCUCAGGCACUGUGCUUGUUAGGUAAGAGUCACGGUACCCAGAGAAAAGAGAAUAAAGUAACCAUGAAGUAACUGAAUAGAGCAACAGCCUCCAGGAGCUGUAUGCUCAGUACUGUUCCUGUUUCAAAUGAGUCAUAUAGUCAUACAGCAUGGAAACAGGCCCUUUGGCCCACUCCAUCCAUGCUGACCAUCAUUUAUCCAUCUGUACUGAUCCCAUUUACCAGCACUUUCUCUCGACCUUACUUCGCUUACUACCUGAUCCCGAAGAUGCUGCCAGUCCUACUUAUUUAAUGCUGUGAGAGAAUCUGACUCCACCGCCCUAUCAGGUUUAGGGUUAGGCUACACUGUUCCCCAUUAUUUAUCUUCUUUAUAUCCCACUGUUCUUCAAUAUUUCUCCCAGUGUUUAACCUCUCUGCAUUUCAUUAAUUGGACCAAGAUAAAGUUGUCUUUCAGUUCUAAAAUAUCUGAUCAGUUGUUUUUUUUGAAUGGGAAUUUUGAGCAAAUGGAUAUUAGCAGGAUAGAGAUUUUGAUGAGUGAUAGACUCAAGAAGGUGAUCCAAAAACUCUUAAUCAGGGGUCAUCUUAGUUUAGAAUGGGUUCCCAGGGUCUGGAAUUACUGAGCACGGACAAGGCAAUCCUGGAUUCUAAAAAAGUGCUGAGAGCACUUGUGUUCCAGGGAGCACAGGGGAAUUUGUGGCAUUGCAGCAAAGGUGGAUCCCAGAACUUAGAAUAUCAUGGUGAAGCGUAGGAUCUUUGUAUCUGGGGUAAGGAUCUCAAGCUCAGCAUCAGUUUGGGUAGGGUUUGACAUUCUAACAUUUGCAAGGAUUGCAACAUCAGGCAAGCAUGUUUAGAGCCAUCUAUGCUUAACUUGACACCCUGUAGAUGGGUGUAUAUGUCUCAUAAGAAUGUAAGAAAUCAAAGCCAGAGCGGUUACGAGUGGUUUUUGAGUCUACUCUGCCAUUCUACAAGACCAUUAUACAUCAUAUUCACUUUCUGCCCAUUCUCCACAUCCUUUCAUAUCCCAACUCCUGCAGUAUCCCUCCAACACUGCCUGAAUCUCUUCACCUUCAUUCUCUUCAUUGUGCUGUUACCACAUUGAUAGACACUGGCUGCCCUUUGGAUUUUGCUGGAAGCAAAACGAGUUUGCAGCCAGGACGAGGAUGAUUAAUCCUGCUGCUGGCCCUCUUGGGUCAGAAAAUCCUUGGCCUCAGGUAGCCAUUCCUCCACGUCUUGCCAUUCUCUGGAACAGGCCAUGAGCUGCGAUCCCCAUUCUCUUUUGUCUCUGCCUAGGAGUGCCUCAGGUAGAGUCCACCCUUCCUGCCCCUGGCCAGCAGGUACAGAUGUGCCUCCUGCUGUUUGGCAGUGCAGGUAUAUUCUCAUGUUGGCGCAGACUGAAUUGCUUGUAGCAGAGGCAGUUCAUUGAUAAAACGGCUGGGACAAUCCACUGGAACAUGGCUCCAGAGAGCCUAGCAUCACAGCAGAGGCCUUGCUGGAUUGACAAGAGGCCGAUUGGAAAAUGGACAAAUAGGUGCCUCUGCCUAUUUAUCUAUCUUCUGGUAGGAAAAACUCAAAGCACCAAUUGUUGUGGGAGUAAUGGCUUGAAACCUUCCAUAGAUUUAGGCCUCUGUGGUUGGAGGAGAUUGCUUCUAUUCUCAAACUCCAUUUGGAGUAUGUUUGCCUACAUGCUUUGUGUGCAGCUUUCUAGAUUUGACACCACUUUACUCAUUGGCCACCAGAGGAUGCAAUUAUCUUUAUUUAAAUCAAUGUUUAUCACAACACCUCUUUUGUCAGUGAACAUGCAAGUGACGUCCUGGACUUGUGAGUUAAACAAUAACCUGUGUACUCAGGGUGUAGAACCCUCCAUUCACUCAUGGUAUCCUGGUGUA